CACACAUCAAACACAAGCGUCAGGGAGGUGGGAGAACUGGGAAAAGGGAUUGGAUGCCGGAUCUGGAAAAAACAGAGUCACAGGAAAGUUUGUUGAGCCGCAGAAACACAACACAUACACAGCACAGCAACAUGGCAGAUCAAAAGAUGAGAGGUGAGCUUAUUAAUGGGUUGAAUGAGCACUUAUCUGGAAUAAAAGAUUUGAUCUGGAAAUCCCUAGAGGCCAGGAAAUUUGCCUACUGCCCCUACAGCAAGUUCAGAGUCGGGGCGGCACUCCUGACACACGACGGGACGGUUUUCACAGGCUGUAAUGUGGAAAACGCGUGCUUCUGCUUGGGCAUCUGUGCUGAGAAAACUGCCAUCUCAAAAGCCGUCUCAGAGGGCUACACGGAUUUCAAAGCCAUUGCUAUUGCAAGUGAUAUGUGUGAGCACUUCGUGUCCCCUUGUGGUGGCUGCAGACAAUUCAUGAGAGAGUUCGGUGCAAACUGGGACGUGUAUUUGUCCAAACCCGACGGUUCCUACGUGGAGAUGACUGUUGAGGAACUGCUGCCUGCGUCUUUCGGUCCAGAGGAUUUAAAAAUGAAGAAAGUGAAUAUUCGGAACGAGUUUUAGACAAUAAACUCUUUGUAGUUUCGGUUUCGCUGUGUAGACAGAAAAUGUUUAUGUGGAUUAAUGGUGUUUAAUAAUGUGUGUUACUGUUAAGGAAUGUUACAAUGUUGUAAAUUGUAAAAAAUAUAUAUUUUAAAUAAAUACAGUCAAUGCAGUUAUAUAAGUGAA